AUGUCGUCGAUAUAUCUCUGUUACUUAGUUUUAACUAUAUCUCUUAUCUUAUUAACAGAUAUCCUACAAGAAUCUAAUGCUUUCCCGACAACGAUAGAAUCUCUUAAGCGUAGAGAUGACUUAGUUUGUAACGGAAGCGCAGAUCUGUGUGAUUUACGAUAUGAUCAAGUGACACAUCCUGGUACGCACAAUAGUGCAGCAUAUGACCUAAAAUUUGAUUGUAAAUCUGCAGCCGCCGUUUGCAGUAAUAAAAUCAAACCUGUUUCGAAAUUAUGUAACCUAUUUGAUAUCCUUUGCCUUCAGAAUGGAGUAUCAAAAGAAAUAGUUGAAUGUCUGUUUGAGGAUAACGUGGGACACGAUGUAGCAACACAAUUAAAAGAUGGAAUCCGUCUUUUCGAUUUUGAUUCUUGUGUAACUGUAGACACCAACGAAGUUGUUAGAUGUCAUGGCAGCCAAGGUAUUCGAGCAAUUGGAGGUGGAUUUGAACCAUUAUUCCAAGCGAUACGUGAUUUUUUGAACGCAAACCCGAACGAGAUUAUAACGAUUGAAUUCAACGACGGGGAUGGUGACUACGCAACACUUGCUGGAGGCAUUCAAUCAAAAUUAGAGCAAUAUUUCAUUACUGAACCGGGACAUUCAAUGCUAGUCACACGGAAAGAUAAUAACGAACCAUGGCCAACUUUACGACAAAUGAUUGAAACUAAUCAACGAAUUGUAAUCUUUUUCGGCUACUUUUAUGACUCGACGCCGAAUCGUAUGCCUUGGAUUAAUAGUAAAAAUUAUUGGUUGACUGAUUCCUAUACAUACACCGCACCAGAUGGAAGUGCUGCGAGUUUAAAUCAAAGUUUCACAGAAUGGUGUAAAAAUGCUUCUAAUGUAAUCAAGGCUGAUGAAAACAUGUAUGGACGUGUAAAGUGGCAGGCUAUUGAUGAAACAAUCGGCUUAACUGAAGACACAUUUACCUCCAUUAAACCGCUUACUAAACCAAAGAUCUGUCUGGGCGAUCUUGCAAGAUCAGUGAAUUAUGAUCUUUUGGAUUAUGUUGCAAGCAUCUGUUAUCCCGCUUAUCCUUAUUUCCUCCGAGUACGAUUAGAUUUCUAUUGGCAAAGUAAUUUAUUCAAAGUCACAAAAGAUUUAAAUGCUAAGAAUGUGGAAAGAGUUAAAAAAGGGGAUCCGCUCACACCUUUCUAA